UCAGUUCUCAUUUUUUUAUCGUUGCCGCGGUCAAAAACAAAUGAGAUCUUUCGAACCCAAAAACACAAAAGGAGUAAGCUUUUAGAAAAAUGGUGAUUUUAUCGGCGAGUUCAGUGGUGAGAGCUGCCUUGGAUACACAACCUAGGCUUCCGUACAACCCUAAUGCGCCGCGGAAAGUGAAGAAGAAUCCUAACAGUAAUUCUUUCUUACCGCCGCCGUUACCUUCACCGUCUCCAGUAAUCAGCAUCUCCGUCGCCGAUUUGCUCAAGCGUCCCCCUAGUAAAGUAGAGUUACAACCUGUUGAAGUUGAUGAUACUUAUAUGGGAUAUGAGACAUGGUCUCCAAGUCCACCAAAGUUGGAGAAACCAAGAUCAGUCUUCAAUGCUGCUUCAUUAGCUUUUAUAGGCGAUUCCAUUUACGAGCUUUAUGCUCGUAGGCAUUUUCUUUUCCCUCCGCUUAGUAUUGAAGACUAUAACGACCGUGUUAGAGCAGUCGUGCGCGCUGAAGCGCAGAGACCCAUUUCGACUCUCCCUUCCUCUCUCGCUUCUUACAUCUCCAUGGCUGAGCCUGAACAUGAUGAUGACGUUUUGUUCCCUCGUUUCUUCAAGGUGUUCGUCUCUCAAACAGCCUCUGAAUCAUUUGCGAUUCCUUUGUCUUUCAUCGAAUUCCUUGCUGAUCCAUUGCCAAACACAGCAAAGCUCCAAGGCACUGGAGGAAGAGAUUGGACAGUGAGCAUGAAGAAAAUACGUGACGGUGCGUAUUUUACAGCUGGAUGGUCAAAGUUUGCACAGGACCAUGAACUUGUGGACGGAGAGUUCUUGACAUUCGUGUAUGAUGGUAACCGAACCUUUGAAGUUAGUGUGUUCGGUCGUUUGGGUUGUAAAGAGACCAGAGCUGAAGCAGAGACACUAGAGCUUUCUGGUUCUAGUUCUGAUGAUUCUGAAGAAGACGAAGAACCUUCAAUGGAUGUUGAUUAUGACAUUAGCUUAGGUGAAGAUGAAGAAAUCAGCCAGAGUCUUUAUCCAUUUGAGGACGAAGAGACUGAAUCUGAUGCUGCUGCAGUUUUUGAAGGGAACGUAGACGUUAAAGCGCUAACUAAUCCACACUUUCCAACUACCCUCAAGAACAGGAAUAAUGAACUGAUUAUUCCAGCCAGUGUUGUGAGAGAAAAUGAGCUUAUAUUUGGUGAUUCCGUAAAGUACAUUGAUGGUGAAGGGACCUUGGUAGGGCUUAGAGGCAAAUGGGCAGUUGAUACGGUUUGUUUCAAAGGAUGGAACAGGAUUUGCAGAAGGAACAGACUUAAGAAACACCAAGAUACUGUUGAAUGCGAGCUUCUUCAUGACCGAGAGAAAAUGGUUCAUUCCAUCAGAGUCCACGUCAUCCGCGGAACUGCUUGAUCCUCUCAUCACCAUAACCAUCAUCAUCACUAUCACCAUCAUAAUUAUCAUUAGUACUGUGACAUGAGUUGCUAUGACUUUUGUGUUCUUAUGUUUCUUCUCAGGUUUUAUCAUAGUGGUAGUACCUUCUUCAUCCUCAAGAAAACUUAUGAACUUAUAGCU